UAACUAAACUAAUGAGAGAUUAAGAGGCCCAGGUAAGAAACAAUCUCCUGUUAAGACUCUCUCGUAAUCUUAUUGGUGUCGGGAGAUCUGGUAAUGUGAGGUCCGGCCGCCAGGUGGCAGUAGAGAAGUGGCGCCGCACCUAGAUGCUGCCUUUCCGUUGUGACCUUUACGCUCUCAGAGGCUGGUCGAACCUCGUGUCCUGGCUGGCAGUGCUGAGUGGUCGAUCAGUGUGAGGGACCAGUCAGCCACUCAGUGUGAGGGGAACAAUCGGUGUAUAACGAGGACAAGUGCACGAAGGAGGAACUUGGACCUGCUGAAGGGAGGAGUGCUGGAGGGGCGGCUGCCUUCUGUUGAGGUCUCCUAACUCACACUCACAAACUGGCGGUAGGGAGAAAGAAUUAAGGAGUCACCAUCCAAUAUGGAGACUAUGAGACGCGGCCUCACAUGGCAUCCCCCCCACUAAAAUGUCAGGACUUCUGAGCAUCGGGUCUCGCGCCGCUAGUGUGCGACGGCACCACCGCCAGCAUCUCGCGUCUUCGUCCUCCGCCCACUCUUCUCCGACACACUCCCCCUCCUCCUCCCGCGCCUCUCUAACACACUCCCUCUCCUCCGCCCGCGUCUCCCCGACCUACCUGUCCCCUGGGGAGACCAUUUUACCCCCCACCAGGAGCGCCCCGACCACCCCUGGACACGCCACCACCUCCCGGACUUUCUCCUCCCAGCAGCGUCCCGACCAGCUGGGGUUCCUGGCCCCACCAGAGCCUUCACAGGGAGCCAGGAGCGUCCCCACCAGUCCUCUUACCAACCUGAGGCGUCAGAAUUCCCCUUCUCGCUCGCCUUCGCCGUCAGCAAGAGAGUCCCGUAAGCCAUCACCAUCAGCAAGAGAAUCUCGCACGCCCUCGCCGUCAGCAAGAGGGUCUCGCACGCCCUCGCCGUCAGCAAGAGGGUCUCGCACGCCCUCGCCGUCAGCAAAAGGGUCUCGCACGCCCUCGCCGUCAGCAAGAGGAUCUCGCACGCCCUCGCCGUCAGCAAGAGGGUCUCGCACCCCCUCACCGUCAGCAAAAGGGUCUCGCACUCUCUCGCCGUCAGCAAGAAGGUCUCGCACGCCCUCGCCGUCAGCAAGAGGGUCUCGCACGCCCUCACCGUCAGAAAAAGGGUCUCGCACGCCCUCUCUAUCACCAAAGAGAUCGCGUACGGCCUCUCCUUACCGCAGAAGAUCCUUCACCCCAUCGCCAGAGGAGUCGUCUAGUCCUACCUUAUUUUCGCCGUCACCAAAGGGGUCCUCCACUCCUUCCCCGUCACUCAAGGGGUCACGCACGCCCUCACUGUCACUCAGAGGGUCACGAACUCACACGCCGUCACUUAGAGGUUCCUCAGCCACCACGCCUCUGACGCCGGCUGUGCCUUCGUCUUCAGCCUCCUAUAGCACCUUCGACUUUGACUCACUGCCUUGGGGCCUGAGUCACGUUAACCACCAGGUGUCUGUGGACGACCGAAGACAGCUGUUCUCGGCAGGAAAGCUCAACGUAGAGUCCGGGAUGUCUGCUUACGGCUCCAUUGCCUACCAGAUGCGCGAUGCAAACAUGGACUCCAACAACACCUGCGAGUUUGUUUACAAGGCCCUCAAGGUCAUUAGUAAAACAGUGUUAAUGACGGUGUUGUUGGUGAUAUCCAUAACAGUGCCAGUCCUGAUGGUCAUUAUGGGUGUACAGUACCUUAAUGACUGCCCAUUAGAGCCGAACAUUCCUAUUUACCUGUUGGUCGGUGGAUGCUUCGGUACUCUCAAGCUCCUCUGGAUGCUGUGUCAACAGGUUCGGUCGCGUCGCUAUGAACGGAUCGACGAUGCGUUUGCGGAAGACAGCCUCGAUGAGAUCUUCACCUCCACCAGUUACCGGGCGACGGACGUAGCUCUCACCAUCUUCCUGCUCAUCUGGUUCGGCAUGGGCAAUUACUGGGUCUAUAAGAUCUAUCUCCCCAACUUCCACGUCACUCUCUUCCAGCCUAACGAUUG